CUCACUGAGAAAUCUCUUCUUUAUCUCCUGCUGCCCUGAGUCUGUGCCCCUCACUGAGAAAUCUCUUUAUCUCCUGCAAUCAAUCAAUCAAUCACAAAUACAGGAGGUGCCAUCAUUCAGGGAAGAAUUAGACAGAGGGGAUAGUUUGUUGGAACCACCGACACGAUGGCCAUUGAGAUUCCAUCACUGGGACGUCCAUUCUCCCUCGGAAUGCUGUAUGAUUGCCGUGCUGAUACACUUAUCCCAGGUGUCACUUUGUGGAACCGAGAUGCACUCAGAACGAACGUGGAGUCAAAAUCUCAAGAAAAUACAUCAUUUGAGCUGUUAGCAUCAGAUACAAUUUCUGAUAAAGCCUCAGCAUUGAAGAUCUCAGCAUCAUUGAAAGCCAGUUUCCUCAGUGGCCUGGUACAGGUUGGUGGAUCUGCUACUUACCUGAAUGAUACAAAGACAUCAAGUCAACAAGCCAGAGUCACUCUCAAAUACUCUAGAACCACCAGGUUCGAACAGCUGACGAUGAACCAUUUAGGGUUCCACAAUAUGACCUAUCCUGAAGUGUUUGAUAAAGGAACCGCCACCCACGUGGUUACUGGCAUUUUAUACGGAGCUAAGGCUUUCUUUAUAUUCGACCGUGAAGUGUCCACAUCAGAAAACAUUCAGGAUAUACAAGGAAAUCUCCAGGUGAUGAUUAAAAAAAUACCCCUAAUUUCAAUUGAAGGAAAGGGAGAUCUGACAUUGACUGACAAAGAAAAAGAGAGUGUGGAUCGAUUCAACUGUAAAUUUCAUGGGGAUUUUGCUCUUGACAGAAAUCCUGUGAAUUAUGAGGAUGCCAUUAAUAUUUACGUCAGCCUGCCAAAGCUGCUCGGAGACAAUGGGGAGAAAGCCGUGCCAGUGAAAGUCUGGCUGUAUCCUCUAAGUGAACUGGACAACAGAGCCGCCAAGUUAGUUCGAGAGAUUAGUGAGAAUCUGGUUUUUAAAUCAGAAAGUAUCAUCCAGCAAAUGGCAGAAGUGAACAUGCAAUGCAAUGAUCUGAUGAAACAUCGAGCUGCCGAGAUCUUCCCCGAAAUCAAGAGUAAAAUAAGUCAGUUUAGGGAAAACUGUGAGCAAUUUACACUUGUGUUACAGAAGGAACUCUCACAAACCCUGCCCUCCAUUCGAGGUGGAGGGAUGGAGGAGGGGGCAUUAGUGGACAUUUUAACAGCAAAACAACAGUCGCCAUUUGGGAAGUUCCAUAUUGAAGAAUUCUUAAACAGAAAAAGGCAGGAGAUGGAUAUCGUCCGUUCCUAUUUGGACGUUUUGAAACCCAUUAAAGUUCUACCAUCUGAACCGGUACUAAAUAAAGUUAUAACAGAUCCCAGAAUUGAUUUUAUAGUUUGCUAUAAUUUAACUUCAUUAAAUGAAGAAGAAUCCUAUCUUUCUGAUAUGACUAACUGGCUGCAAACUAAGAAGAUUGCAGAAGGUGAAAUAUAUCAGCCAGACAAGGUCAUACCAUGGUUCAAGAACAGAGACCUCAUUAAAAAGGCAAGAAAAUAUGUGAGGGCUUUUCAAGAGUUCACACAGACCAAUGAUCCCAGAGAGGACACUCAGUUCAUUAUUUCAUGUACCAAAGACCCAGACAACUCUGGAGUGUCCAUCUAUCUAUAUGAUGCUGGAGAGUUGGUGAGCAAUAGGUUCUUGCCUCCAGCUAAACCUGCUCCUUCCAGUAUUAUCUGCACAACCCAUAAUGGGGCAAAGAUUGCCUUAAAACCUUCAGACUUUGGGAAGGAGUUUAUAAUAGGGUACAAGAUCGAGUACAGAAUCUCAGAAGAAGAGAACUGGGAUAUUUAUACAACAGAGAAAAAUGAUCAAGAAGUAAAUGUAAGUGGAUUACAACCAAAUAAAACCUAUCAGUUCAGAUACUCUGCAAUGUGUAAAGUAGGACUCAGUGUACCCAGUGAUAUUACAAUAGGAAAGACCCUUCCAACAAGUCCUCCGGAGACCAUACAAUUUACUGCUGAACCAACAUCUCUCCAUUUGUGCUGGAAAGAACCCAGUGUUAUUGGAGAAGGAGUCACAAUAACGGAGUAUAAAGUGGAAAUCAAACAGCAGCUCCAACAUGACAAUAAUACCUGGUUGGAAAAAAAGACAGGAGGGAAAAGAGAGCACUGGGUCAUCAAUGGGUUGAACCCGAAGACAUCCUAUAAAAUCCGUGUUUUAGCCAUCUGUGGAGAUCAUGGGGUCAGUGAUCCAGGUGAUGAGAUUCUAACUUCAACUGCAGAAAAAGAAUCCUCCGAUAUUAAGAAUCGACUACUCAAGAACAGCAGUUAUUUAACAGGAAAGAACCCCUCUGUCCAUCAACUGAAGACAGAUCUAUCUUACUCUGCAUAUCGUGAAUAUAGCCUGGGGAAAAAUGAUUCCAUAAUCACAAAUAAAGUGAUAUUAUUGGUAGGAGCUACUGGAACGGGUAAAACCACCUUGAUCAAUGGAAUGUCCAACUACAUCCUUGGUGUGGAUUGGAAGGAUGACUUCAGAUUUAAACUGGUCCAUGAGGUUACGAAUAAGUCUGAAGCUCACAGCCAAACCUCACUAGUUACUGCCUACAAGUUGAAUUAUGAAAGUGGCUAUAAAAUCCCUUAUUCUCUCACCUUAAUAGAUACCCCAGGAUUUGGUGACACCCGAGGAAUAGCCCAAGACAAGAAGAUCGUAGAAGCCAUCCAUGAUUUUUUUACAAGUGACAAUGGCAUUAACCAAAUCGAUGCCGUGUGCUUUGUAGUUCAGGCUUCUCUGGCUCGACUGACCUACACCCAGAAAUACAUUUUUAACUCUGUAUUUUCUAUUUUUGGAAAAGAUAUCAAAGACAAUAUAUUAAUUCUCAUCAACUUCUCUGAUGGAGAGAGACCUCCGGUACUAGAAGCUAUUAAAACAGCUGAGAUUCCCUGCACUCUGGAUUGUAAUGACGAUCCCGUUCACUUCAAAUUUAAUAAUUCUGCUUUAUUUGCCAACAACCAGUCAAGUAACAUGAGUUUUAAUGAGAUGUUUUGGAAAAUGGGUGCUGACAGCAUGAAUGCAUUUUUUACAUCACUGAACACGAUAGAAACUAAAAGUCUAAAGCUGACUAAAGAAGUCCUAAAGGAACGGAAACAGCUGGAGAUAACUCUACAGGCUCUGCAGCCAAAGAUCAAGGCUGGACUUAUCAAACUGGAUGAAAUUAGGAAAACUGAGGCAAGUCUGAAACAGAACAGGGAGCUAAUGGAGGCAAAUAAAAACUUUGAGUUUGAGGUCACUGUGACUGUUCCAGUACAGGAAACGAUCCCACAUGGUCAGUUCAUAACCAACUGUCAGCAAUGUCACUUCACAUGUCAUGAUAACUGUGUAUAUGCUGAUGACAAAGAUAAAAUUCACUGUUCAGCAAUGACUAAUGGAUACUGUACAAUCUGUCCAAAGAAAUGUGUCUGGAAUGUUCAUUUCAAUCAGAAAUAUAAGUGGAAAUAUGAAAAUCAGAAAGAGAAAAAAACCUAUGAUGAAAUAAAAAAAAAUUAUGAACAAGCUUUUGGGGAGGUGAUGACUGUAGAGAGACUGUUCCAAGAACUUAAUAAAGAAUAUGAAAUUGUGAAGAAGGCAGUGCUGAGACUGAUUGACAAAUCCUCCAGAAGCCUCAAGCGUCUCCGUGAAAUCGCCCUGAUACCAAAUCCACUGUCAACCACAGAAUAUAUUCAACUGAUGAUCCAGUCUGAAGAACAAGAAGCUAAACCUGGGUUUAAAGAGAGGAUCCAGUCACUAAGGGAGGUGCAAGAAAUUGCUGAGAUCAUAGAGAAGAUUGAGAAAAAUGAAGCGUUGCUACCAGGACAGGAGGAAUGUCCAGCUGCAAAUCCUAAAACAAUUGGAAAGGCGAUAAAGAGUGCCGUGAAGGGUGCCAAGAAUGUAGUGAGCUCAUUUUUCACGUUCAAUUAUCCCCAGUAACUCCUUCCAGUCUGGUAUCAGAAGGUGCAGGAGGUUUUUGGCUGCACUAAGUAAAUGAUACCAGGAUAGGAAUCCCAUUAAUAUUCAUGGUAACCUUUUAUUACCUGUUCAGAGAAUGAGGAACUGUAUGAGAUAUUAUAUAAAAUAUGUUAAUGUUCAUUCCAUUGGAUGUGGAACAUCUGACUCCGAAUACAUUGUGUCAGGAAUUCUGCUAGUUAGAUAUCUGGGUGUGAACGCGGGACAAACCGGCCAUAUUGCAUCCUGCUCUCCCAACACUUCACAAAUCAGUCCAAACUUUCCUCAAUAAAAUCCCAAAACACAGAUGCUGUACUUGGAGCGGCUAGAGAAAUUCUACACAUCACCCGGUGUCAGAAUAUCUGCUAAACAAUGGUUACAUUACCUACAGAUUGAUGACCUUUUAUUUGUGAGGUAAUUGUUUCAUGUUCCUUGGAUUAACUUUCUGUUUAAGCCCCAGCUCUGCAGACAGCCAUAGCUCAAUUAUUGACUUUCCCUGAUUUGUUUUACAUGUAUGUCCAGCCUCAGUCUGUGUCAGCUCCACGUGUACCGUGCAAUACCUCGGCUCUGCUACCCUGACUACUCAUACGGAUCUCCCCCCGGUGCUGUUACUUGUAUUCGGACAGAUUCUCUAUUAACGAACCUGCUUACAGUAUCCGUCGUUUGCCACGUCCCCCUGUAAUUCAGACUGUAAGUUUCAUAUCACAGGGAUCCAGCACUCACUAUCCGCCUUCUCAUUAGAUCAGACUGUAUGUAUCAUAUCACAGG